AUGGAGGACUCCGGCGUGGUGCUGGAGGCGCAGCGCAAGGCUCACCCAGAGCUUGGGGAGACCUUGGAGAAAAUCGAGAAGUAUGUCACCAACAAGCUGUAUCACCAACUGACUCAGACCCUCUUGGAGUACCUUUCCAGCCCGACCUUUGCGGGGGCGUCCGCCGCGCCGGAGCUGAAAGACUUUUUCGAAAGUUUCAUCAAGGACUUUGAGAACAAAUUCGACAAGGUGCGAUGGGUGCAGAUUUUGUCCAUUGUGACGAAGCCCCAGACACCCGCGGUCGCCUUGGAGAUCCUCGCCCCCUUCGAGGCCUCCAUGGCAGAGAGCAGAGACGCCAAGUACCUGUGGCAGACCUUGAAGGGUGAGAAGCUCACCUAUGCGGGAGAGACUGAUGCAGCCAAGGAGCUGCUGGACAACCUGGGCGCCGAAAUCGAGGCGGCCUACGAGGUUCAGGCGUUGAUCCAAUCCCACUACCACAAGACCAUGGCGCUCCUCUACAAGACCUUGGCGCGGCCCCAGGAGUUCUACAAGAGCUCGAUCCUGUACUUAGCCUUCACUCCGCUCGAGGCUAUCCCUGUGGAGGAGCGGCCUCGCAUUGCCUUCGAGACGGUGGUCUCUGCGCUGGUGGCGGAGGAGGAGUUCAACUUUGGUGAGUUGACUCAGCAGGAGAUCAUCCCGUCCUUAGAUGGCUCUCAAUAUGCCUGGGUGCGGGAGCUGCUCCAGGCCUUUAGCGACGGGAAAUUCGAGACGUUUGAUGCAGCUAUCGCCAAGAACAAGGCCCAGAUGGAAGCUACGCCCGAGCUGAAGUCGGCUGGCGAUACGCUCAGGCGGAAGAUGUGCGCCUUGUCGCUCAUGGAGCUUGCAUUCAGGAAGCCCAAGAAGCAGCGGCGCCUCAACUUCGCAGAGAUCGCACAGCACUGCCGCGUCGGCGCCAGCGAGGCCCUUUUCGUGCUCAGCCACGCAGAGGAGGGGCUGGAGGUAAGACUCUUGGCCGAGCCGCUUUACCUGGCAGAUGCAGCGAGGGGCGGCCAGAAGCCGGAUGUGCUUCACCCGUGGCCCAUCCGAGAUGUCGCCGAAGAGCAGCGGAAGCGUGAAGCAGGUGCCUCAGCUGGGGUGAUCCUGCGAGACGGACUUGAGUUCCUCGUGGAGGCAAGCCCUUCCGUGCUCCCGCCGGAGGUGGAGGUGGGUGUUUUCAUCGGGUUCUUUAGUGCUUCGCACACCAGCAACGAGGCCAAGGUGGAAGACUGGAUGCUGUCUGGCGGCACGCCGCCAGAGCACAACCCUCUCCGCCUUUGGACCAUGUUCUCCUAUCAGUACCCUGGUGGCGUCAUUCAGCCGGACGACUUGGGCGACUCUUGCUUCGGAGAGGCCUGGCGAGCGGAGUUCUGCGCUCGCGUUUGGACCUGCGGCAGCACGCUUCGCUGCGGGCUACCGCCUUGA